GCCCACAUCUGUUGGGGAGGAAUAAACCUCAGUUGAAAAGGACUGGAACAUCUCUGAAACUGGCUGCUAAAACUGGCAGCUCUUUAACCAGCUUUGUGUUUUUGCAAGGCCCCUACCCAUACCAACUUUCUUACUGCUCUUAUUUCCUGUGGCAGGGGAUAUAUAUAUGUACAUAUUUGUCGAGUAAUUGAUCGCCAGAUGUUUUAUCGGCUCGUGUGCUGUCUUGUACCAGUCAUGUGGUUGAUUUCUGCCUUAGAUGAGAGCUGUCUAGAACUUCCCCCAGUGAACAACAGCAUAUUUAUUGUAAAGGAGGUGGAAGGACAGAUGCUGGGGACUUACGUUUGUAUCAAGGGCUACCACCUGGUAGGAAAGAAAACCUUUCUUUGCAAUGCCUCUGAGGGAUGGAAUGCCUCCACCACUGAGUGUCGCUUGGGCCACUGUCCUGACCCUGUGCUGGUGAAUGGUGAAAUUCAGUUCUUCAGGCCUGUGAAUAUAAGAGACAAAAUCACAUUUAAGUGCAAUGACCACUACAUCCUCCAGGGCAGCAGUUGGAGCCAGUGCUUAGAGAACCACACCUGGUCACCUCCCUUUCCCAUCUGCAAGAGUAGAGACAGUGGCCCUCAUGGGGAUAUAUCUCACGGAUAUUGUGAAGGAGGAAAUUCCGACUCAGGGUCUACCAGUUCUUCCUGUGGGGAGAGGAACCACCCAGAGGGCCCACAGAAGCAGCUGGGCAUUGAUGGGGACCCGGGAAGUGUACUUACCUAUGAGAGGAUCCACAAACCAUGUUUACAGACUGGGUUUGAGAAGGCAUUGGAGAAUAAGAACCCUUGCAGUGCCAUAGAGAAAUUUAUGAAAAGAUUGAAGGAAAGUGGUUUAACAAUAGAAGAAUUAAAAUCUUCUCUGGAGAUGAAAAAAGCUGAGUUGGAGGCAAAACUAUUGUUGUAAUGCAAUAGCUGAGUAGACUGGUAAUACAAAUUUACUUAUGAAUAAAUUUUCCUCUUGGUUCUGAAA